AUAACCCCUCGCCAACCACCUCGCCGCGCACACCACCACACCACACAAGCGUGUCUACUACUGUAGCGGGGAGCUAGUAGUAGUAACCGAGGAGCUAGAGCUAGAGCUAGCGCGAGCUACCCCCAACCUCGAGCUACUACAGCCAGCCAGCAGCUGCUGUGCCGCCAUGGAGAACCCCUACACGAGCUUCUUCAAGCGCCACCCGCACCACCACCGCUACUACUACCACCCCCCAGCGCCGCGGGCGUCCGGGCCGCCACCCGCCGCUGCCUACUCCUCCCUGCCCUUCUUCGCCGCGCAUCUGCAGCCACCUGCCCAGGAGGCGCCGCCCGCCCCGCCCUCGCCCCCGCUCCGGGAAGCCCUGCCCCUCCUCUCGCUGGUCCCCGCCGCCUCGCGCGGUGCCGCGCGAGAACCGGAGCGGCGCGGCCGGGCAGCGGCGCUGGAUUCUGACGAGGAUGGGGACGAGGAGGAAGAGGAGGAGGAGGGCCCAGCCGCGAGCAGUAGCAUUCACCACGGCCACGGUCAGCAGCAGCGCCUGGGAGGGCUCUUCGCCGACCUGAACGCCAAGGCGGCGGGCGACCCGAUGGACGUGGAGCCCGGCGCCGGUUCCGGCUCCGCGGCGGGCGACGUGACCGUGGCGCUGCGGAUCGGCCUGCCGACGACCAGCGCCGGCGCGGCCGAUCUCAGCGGCACCCGCGGGCGGCGGGACGACGGCGCCGAGGAGGAGGAGGACGACGAGGAAGGGAGGAACGACAGGGAGAACGGCGGCGGCGGGGAGGAGGAGGAGGAGGAGGAGGAGGGGGAAGCCGUGGCGGCCCCGCUAGGGUUCCCGUCGACGCCGAUCGGGCGGCUGAACAAGGGGCAGUACUGGAUCCCGACGCCGUCGCAGAUCCUCAUCGGCCCGACGCAGUUCUCCUGCCCCGUCUGCUUCAAGACCUUCAACCGAUACAACAACAUGCAGAUGCACAUGUGGGGUCACGGGUCGCAGUACCGCAAGGGCCCGGAGUCGCUGCGCGGCAUCCAGCCGACGGCCAUGCUGCGACUGCCGUGCUACUGCUGCGCGCCGGGCUGCCGCAACAACAUCGACCACCCGCGCGCCAAGCCGCUCAAGGACUUCCGCACCCUGCAGACCCACUACAAGCGCAAGCACGGCCUCAAGCCCUUCCUCUGCCGCCGCUGCGGCAAGGCCUUCGCCGUCAAGGGAGACUGGCGCACGCACGAGAAGAACUGCGGCAGGCUCUGGUACUGCCUCUGCGGCUCCGAGUUCAAGCACAAGCGCUCGCUCAAGGACCACGCCCGCGCGUUCGGCCACGGCCACGGCUUCGUCGGCGGCGCCGGCGCAGGGUGCGGCGGCGGGGGGCUCGACGACGACGACGACGGAGCGGUCUCAGACGUCGAGCACGACGGCGUCGCCGCCGCCGCGGCCAGGUCGAUGUGCCCGAUCGAUCGAGCUCCAAUCCGAUCCUAGCCGGCCGGCACAUCGAUCUUAUACAGACAAAAACACUAGCUGUGUGAUCGAUCGAUAGGCCCACCGGUGCGCGUACGUGCAUGCAAAAGACAAAGAGAUGAUCCACCUCUUCUUUUACUUCGUUGCCGCUGCAGCUGCUGUUCAUGUUCUCUUUUAUCUCUGCUCGUAAUUAGGUAGGUACUUCGUGUUUCGUUGGUGGGUGAACUUGUUAGGGCAUAAGUACGGCACGGCCCAUGUGGUCUUCUUCGUACUCUUGUUCUCUCUCUAUCCUACUGUAAUAGUAGUAGGACUCGACAAGCUAGUGAUCUCAACCGAUCACGAGCAUGUAUGUGUCAAUAGCUUAGCUUGUGCUGCCGUCUUGCGAGCAUUUCAUCAAGUAGAAGAGCUGCACACAUAUGUUGUACAAUAAUUCCUCACACCUAUAUUUCAGGUCCUUGAAAUUUUCGAUUGUUUCAAGUGACAUAUUUCAUACUGGUGAUGUUUUCUCUAA